CUCUGAGCUUCCUAAACAUCACGAGGCGAGGAAAAGGCUGCAGCCAUAAAACAGCUGGAUGCGUGUCUGGCAGCCGCAGACGAUUCCUUGAGCUCUUUGGUUCAGCAGCCACCAGAGGCUUUCUGCAAAGACUCAGAUUGGACUCCAUAUCGCUCACGACCCUCGCACGCACCAUGCCAGAGAAAACCAAAUACAACCUUGUGGACGACAGCGAUGACGGCUUCCAGUGCGGCAUCACAUUCCAGGUGAAGUUCAUUGGCACGUUGGACAUUGUGCGUCCCCAGAGCAGGCUGGACAUCCUGGCAGCCAUGAGAAGGGUUCGGUACGAGUUUAAAGUCAAGAACAUCAAGAAGAUGAAAGUCAGCCUUGUGGUGGCGGUGGAUGGGGUCAAAGUGGUGCUGCAGAAGAAGAAGAAAAAUGCAUGCAGCUGGGAUGAAAGCCAUGUGACAUUGGCACAGGAUCCCAUUUACAGAAUUUUUUACGUCUCGCACGACUCUCAAGACCUCAAAAUCUUCAGUUACAUUGCGAAAGAUAAGAAGAGCAACGUGUUCCGCUGCAACGUUUUCAAAUCCAAAAGAAAGAGCCAGGCAAUGAGAAUUGUGCAGACAGUCGGCCAGGCAUUUGAGGUUUGUCAUAAACAGAGCCUGGACACUGUGGAUGAAUGGUUGGUGAAGUGUAAGGAGGAGAGAGGAGAGGGGGAGGAGGAGGAGGAGGAGGAGGAGGAGGACACUCCCGAUGCAGAGACAAACCCAGACGAGACGAUGCAGAAGACGGAUACAAAGGUCUCUGAAGACGCUGUGGUGGAAAUAGAGCCAUCAGGAUUGGUGUCUCCAGUCCCAGAGCGCUUGUCACUGAGUCACCGGGUCCAGCUCCUGAGGAAACAACUCAAACAGCAGGAACAGAAGAGUCAGGCCGCCUCAGCACAGGCUGCCCUCCUCCAGCAGCAACUGUGUUUGGAGGCCCGGGCGAGGACGGAGGCUCAGGUCCGAGCUCAGCAACUCCUGCAGCAAAACGGCGAGCUCUUGCAGCAUCUCUCUAUGCUCAUCAAACACAUCCAGGAGCUGGAGCUCCGCACACACUCGUCGUCCUCCGCCAUGGGAUCUCAGGACAGCCUGUUGGAGAUCGCUCUGAGAGACAACGUGCCUCGUUUCUCACCCUCGAAAAAGCCUAACGUGGUGCACCUGGAUCCGUUCGACUUCUUUCCAAAUUCUUCAAGCGGAGAAAAGAAGCCGGAGCAGGACAGAGAUUCGGGCCAAGGUCCAGACGAAGAGAGAAGCGAAAGCUCUCCUACCGAGGCGAGCUUCUUUUGUACGUUGGAGCUUCCUGGGUUCAGGGAAUCAGGGAUUGCAUCUGGAUACGAGUCUAAUACAGAUGAGAGCGAUGACCGGGAAAGCUGGGGACAAUGAGCGAUUGAGGAUUGAGGCUUUGUAAAGCACUGUUGGAGCUCUAAAUGUUUGAGCUUCUGAAGUUGACAGUAUGGAUUCGAUUCGAUUCAAAUUAGGAGCAACGCAGCCAUUUACUAAGAAGAUUAGGUCUGUGAAAUGUGCCAAGGGACACUCCUGUUUUUGGCUGAGAGGAUGAGAUGAAAUGAUUUUCACAGGGCGUUGAUGGGGCAAGGUACGUGACUUUAAUCAAGACAUAGGAGGGCAAUCAGGAGUGGAUUGGAGGCAGGAAGUAAAUACAUUAGAAAGUAAAUAAAGUUCUUCAAUCAAGACCCGCUUGCUCAGCCGUUAUCAUAGACCCUUGAUGCACUGUGCUCGUCCGUCACCACUGUGUGAGAGUAUAAACAAAAGAAGAAUACAAUGGAUAAUAGUCCUGUGAUCAUUUCAAGCCUUUGGUCUGACUCUGCUGUUACUGUGACGCUAAUAUGCCGAGCUUCCAUGAUGUCUACUGUGGACCUGUACCUACACUAUUUGCACUGGCUUACAUUUGUUGCUGCUUGCAUUUAUAUGGUACUCAAUGAAAUGCCAUUUGAACCCAUUUACCACGAUUAUAUUGUGUAUGCCCAAAGGCUCCAUGGCCAAUAUAAGGAAUUGUGGGCCUUCUAAAAGUUUUAAGAUUUGUUCUGUUUCUUGUUUGAGCCCAUGAUGUACAAAAAUUCAUAUCAGUGUACCUUCAGUCGACCACUAUAACGCCUGGGAAUCAAUAUUAUGUUUGUGCUGCAUUGAUGGAUUUAUCUGUAUAAUAAUGUACAAUAAUGUAUGCAAACAGUGUAUUUUUAUUUUGGGUUUUUUUCGUAACAGGAGCGCAAACAUACGAAAUGUUUUUCAAGCAUUUCAAAAUCUGAUAACUUUAUUGAUGCCUUUGAAAAAAAACAAAAAAAAACAUGAUUUCUUUGCAAUAUUGCUGAUCUGGCUAGUUUCUUUUUUUUAAUGUCCGUGUUUACAUUUUUUCUUUUUUGCCUGGAAAUGUGUUCUGCCCACUACUUUGGCAACUCUACAAUAAAAGGCAUAUGGGGAUUAACCAGAAGGUGUGUCAGAAAUGGGAAAUAGCAUUCUGCUUGGCUAUGUGUUUUUAUUGUAUCUUUAUGAAGUUUUCCUUACUGCCAGCAAGGGUACUGUAAAAAAAAAAAAAAAAAAAAAGCACUUCUGGGAAAUCUGUUGUGUUAUUGAAAUGCUGCACGAGUGCCAGUGUUCUCAAGAAGUGUUUCUCCAUUAGUGGUGAAUCCUGAGUUAUUAGCACCCGUACUAACUCUCGUGCUACACUAUGUCUGAGGUUGUUUAUUUGUCGCCCUUUCUCUGUAUACGUUCCUAUAUGGCUUUAACAUAGAGUUUUGAGUGUACAAAGAAAUUAAUUCUUGGUGAAAAUAUGUAAUGAUUAAACGAGGGCAAGUUAUUCGAAUUUGAAUUUUGCCGUCUUUCCACUUUUUAGUCGUAGGAGUUUCGUCCUGAUUUGCUAACGACAAGCGCUAGUGAAGUAGCAAAGUGAGAAAAAAUAAUUGUGAAAUUUCUGAAAGAAGACUAAUGACGUUUUCAAUGUUUUAUUAUUGGUUUGACUGCAGUUUGUUUGCUCUUAACAAAUCCAUUUUUCUGUUUAAUAAAGCUACUCUUUAAGCCUC